GAGCUGUACACGAAGAAGCUCUGGCACCAGUUGACGCUGAAGUUGCUCGCCUUCAUCGCCGAGGAGCGGCCGGCCAACCUGGUGGAGCUCUACGAGAACUUCAUCGUCGACUUUGAGUCGCGCAUCAAGCACCUCUCCCUGGUGGAGAUCGCCUCCAAUGUGGUGGCGCAGAUUCCCGCCACCGAGGAGAAGCUCAAGUUCAUCGAGAAGAUCAAGGAAAAAGUCAAGAACGACGUCCUCUCGGAGAUCCUCUGCAACAUCCUCACCGGGCAGCUGAAGCUGGCCUCGGGCGACCUGAAGGGCGCCAAGGAGAUCAUCGAGACCACCGACGCGAUGAUCGACACCGAAAGCAUGGGCGUCAGCAAUGUGCACGCCCGCUUCUACCAGCUCGCCAGCGAGUACUACCAGAAGGCGGGCAGCCACGCCGACUACUACCGCAACGCCCUCCGCUUCCUCGGCUGCUGCGGCACCGCCGGCAUCGACGUGACCGAGUCGGAGGAGGCGCUGGCCGGCCGCGCCUUCACCCUCGCCCUCGCCGCCAUCCUCGGCGAGGACGUCUACAACUUCGGCGAGCUGCUGCUCCAUCCGAUCGUCACGAAGAUGCGCCCGGAGCACGCCUACAUGCGCGACCUCCUCUUCGCCUUCAACCGCGGCGACAUUGCCGCCUUCGAGGCGCUGAAGCCCGCCUGGUCGGCGCAAACGGACCUGGCCGCCCACGAGAUUGACAUGCGCAAGAAGAUCAGCCUCCUCUGUCUGAUGGAGAUGGCCUUCAAGGCGCCCAACGGCCUGCUGACCUUCGCGGAGAUCGCCCAGGCCACCCGACUGCCGGUGGGCGACGUGGAGCUGCUGGUGAUGAAGGCGCUCUCGAAGAACCUCGUCCGCGGCAGCAUCGACGAGGUGGCCGCCACGGUGCGCAUCAGCUGGGUGCAGCCGCGCGUCCUCAACAAGGAGCAGAUUCGCGGCAUGAAGGUCCGCCUGGAGGACUGGAUCCACGACGUGAACGGUUUCUCCGCCAAGCUGGAGAGUCGUGCUCAGGAGAUUAUUGCCUAG